UCAUGUAGGACACUCUACGGCUUUCUUUUCUUUCAGCAUUAAAGAGCUAAUUUUUAGUCCCCGUCCCUGAAUCUGUGUACCGAGAAUGCCCGUCAAUCAAACUUCCAAUAAAGACUGAGUACUCCAGAUAGGCGCUUGGACAAAAAUAUGUUGAUGUUUUCUGCAUUCGUAGAUCGUGAAGCAGCAAUAGUUAUCUGUGUUUUGACAAUGUUUACACGUCCGCUGUCCACUUUUUUCAUUACCUUGAUCUACCAAUGAUGAUGUGUUCUUGAGGUUCUCGUGUAUGAAGCGUAUUUUGAAGUGUUAAUUAAAAAGUGUUUUUCCCAAAGCGAAUUUUACAACAGAUAAAAACAUCACUAUUCUGUAGUUGGAGGUGCUGUGUUUUGCAUUGAAAUUUGGAAAGUGGAUUUUGUAUACCCUUGUAUUCUGAUCAACCGUGUUCAACUGAAUAGUGUUCAGCACUGGAGUAGUGUGUAUGUGUUAACAGAACAGUUACAAACACUGGGCGACAAUAGGAGUCAGGAGAAAAGGAACAAAAGGAAAUAACGACAGUGUUGUCGGUUGGAAAGAAUAUCACCAAACCAGACACUAGAUCAUCAACACAAACACGGAGAUAUCUUUCAUCUGCAGAGGAAGACACAUCAGAAAUUGAGAAAGUGAAAAGUGCUCUAAAAUCCAUCCAAGAGACUCUCAGAAAUACUGUUACAAAAGAUGACAUCAGAGACACUGUUAAAAGUGUGAUGGUAGAUUUUAAGAACGAAAUAAAGAAGGAAAUUCAACAAAACUGAAAUCUGCAAUAAAGGAGAAUAUUCUCAAGGAUGUGAAAAUAGACAUAGGUGAAGACUUAAAGUUAAAGAAACAAAAGCACCAACACAACCAUGAGGUGUCAAAAGUCAGGCAAUAACUCACAGACAAGACUGAUCCUAUAAUGGCAGAGACGGUGAAUGGUUUUACUUUGAUCGAAAAAAAAUGAAAAUAAUUAUUAAGGGAUGGGUAUCAUCGGAAGAAGCCCUUCUACAAGUGAUUGAGGCCCAUUCAAUUCAAACUGGAUCUCAAUUUGUGACAUGGCAUGAUGACGGAAAGAGGAAAACAGCUGAGCCCUGUACUGGCCGUCUCUUUUGGAGCCAUAAAGACAUCCCAGUAUUAGAUGGGUUUCCAUUUAUGUUGGGAAGACACGUUAUUAGACAAUGUCAUUAUGGCAAAGCCCACAAAAGAGGCAAAUCGAAAAGAAAGGCUAUACCUGAUCUACACUACUACAGUAAAUGCCAAAGGUUUCAUAUACAGCCAAGUAGAAAAGUGGGCUGUGAUGCCCAGAUAGUCGUGAGGCAUGUGUUCGUGUUUCGUGACAGUCAGUACUGUGCACAGGACAUUCCAUUGAGGAGUAAAAAGCGCCAUAAGAUUCUUCAGGACAUUUUGUGUCGCCUCAAAAAUGAGUCAUCCCCAUAUACAGGAGAGGAAAAAAUCUAUGUUUGCCUUCCUUUAUGUGCCUCCCAUUCAAACCACACAGUUAUUCCUGAAACUGGUCUAAGCAACAGAAUAAAUGAGAAUGUGAAACGGAAGAUUUAUGAAAUUGUUAAUAUGGGAGUAACAAACAUAAAUGUUAUAAAGAAACUUUUGAAAAGUUUUGUCGAAGCAGAAUUUGCCAACAAAGAAAUAAAGCCGUCAAAAUUUGAUCGUGCUUAUUAUCCACUGUCAAAAGACAUUAAGAAUCACAUUCAUACAGCAAUUGCCGCUGGAAAAUUAUCCAGUUUAGACCAGGAGAAUUUAAGAAUCAAAAUUGAAGAAUGGAAAUCAGAUGAUGAACUUGGCAGGCUUUUUUUCUAUCGACCAGCUACAAAAGGAACCGGAAGCACAGAUGGUGACAAAUUUUUGUAUUUACAUCAAGAAAGUUGGCAAAGGAGGUUGCUUAAAUUGUAUGGAAUCACAGUGUCCCUGUUAGAUGCCACCUACCGUACAACAAAGUACAAUCUUCCUUUUUUUAUACUUGUGGUUCGGACAAAUGUUGAAUACAUUCCUGUUGCAGACUUCGUAACAGAAGAUGAAACAUCCGAAAGUAUUCAGGAGGCCCUGCAAAUUCUUAAAAACUGGAAUACAGAUUGGUGCCCAGCAUACUUUAUGGUUGACUACAGUGAAGCGGAAAUCAAUUCUGUGAAAGCAGAAUUUGCCUCUACAAAAGUUCUCCUUUGUGCAUUUCACAGAGAACAAGCAUGGGAAAGGUGGUAUCGCAGUGAAAAGAACAUAAACACUGAUGAUCGAGAAGAGUUUCUUCAAAGAAUGCGAAGCCUUGCUUACUCUUCAACUCCAGAUGAUUACAAGGUAGCUGAGGAAAGUUUGAGGAGCAGUCCUUGGUUUCAUCUAGUGCAGAGAUAUAUUGAAAACAAGUGGUUGUCUGUAAAAGAGUACUGGUGUACUGCUUUUUCUUGAAGUUGGAUUUCAUUCACCAGUAACAACAACAAAUGGUGUAGAGGCCCUAAAUAGAUCCCUGAAGCACUUUUACUUGAAACUGACCAAUUCUGGGACACUGAGUACUUUGUUGGAAGUAGUCAUCAAAGAAUUUCUACCCA